AUGAAGUCGCCCCCUGACACAAGAGAUAGGAGCAAGUAUUGUGAAUUUCACCGAGAUCAUGGACAUUCCAUGGAGGAUUGUCAAGCCUUGCAGCGGAAAAUUGAAUCUCUCAUUAAAAGAGGACUCUUAAGGAAUUACAUUGGUCAUGAUAAACGCUCGAGGAAUGAUCGUGACAAUCGAAAAGAGCCUGGAGUCGGAAGCAGUGCUCAACCCACUGUCGGGACCAUUAAUAUUAUCAUUGGAGGCAUAGCAUCUGGAGGAGAUACAAAUAAUGGACGAAAGCAAUAUGCCCACCAACACACUCAUACCUCAAAGGAAUCCUGUGAUAAACUCGAAGACAUUACCUUUGGAGGAAGAGAUUUGGAAAGAGUAUCAUAUCCUCAUGACGAUGCCUUAGUCGUCUCUGCAAUUAUGGUUAACUUUGAAGUAAAGAGGAUUCUGAUUGAUAAUGGAAGUGAAGCAAACAUACUAUCACAUGAGGCUUUCAAUAAAAUAGGGCUCUCUCCUAAACAGCUCAAAGCAGUAAAAACUCCUCUACAGGGAUUUGGUGGUGGAGUCAUUAUCCCUGAGGACAUCGUCGAGCUUCCGCUUACAUUAGGUUUUGGUAAUACACAAGUGAUGGAGAUCACACCAUUCCAAGUGGUUAAUACCCCAAUGACCUACAACAUCAUUCUCGAAAGGCCCUUGCUGAACAAGAUCCAAGCCUUUGUAUCAACUUUCUACCUGGCCAUGAAGUUCCCAACAGGUCAUGGCAUCGGAGUAGUUCGAGGAGACCAAACAGCUGCUAGACAGUGCUAUAUUACUAGCAUUCGAGGAAUGAGUGCAGACGUCAUGCAACUUUCAAACCUUGAGCUCGAGCUCGAGCUCGAGCCAAGGGAUAGACUUGCUACGGUUGAGGAAUUGGAAGUGGUCGAGCUUGAGCUCGAGCACAGAAAAAACGGUCACUAUUGGUCGGGAUCUCAAGCCCAGCCUCUGGGAGGAGAUCAUCAAUUGUCUGUCCCGCAAUAUCGAUGUUUUUGA